CAAACUGGAUUCCAAGAAGCAGUGCGUGUCGCGAUUUCAUCGCGGCUACCGGAGGCUUAAAAAAUUUUUCAAGUGUGUGGCGAACCAGUCGCUUACCGUUUCGCCACAGCCGGCAGUAACGGUGGAGGGGCCGGUGUCCAAAAUGUCUCCACCAACGAACGACGUGACCAAUGGUGUGGUUGUGCCACCCAACACCCUGGCGCCCCGGGUUUCGCCGACCACGAACCCGGCCCUUACCACCAACACGCCAACGCACAAGCGCACUCCCAAGGAUUUCAUCUUUGGCAAGGUGAUCGGCGAGGGAAGCUUCUCCACCGUUUACCUCGCCAAGGAUAUCCACAGUGGCAAAGAGUACGCGAUCAAGGUGUGCGACAAACGUCACAUCAUCAGGGAGAAGAAGACCGAGUACGUGCAGCGGGAGAAGGAGGUGUUGAACAUGCUCGCGGGCGCGAAGCAUUCGUUCGUGCGCCUGUUCUGCACCUUUCAAGACUUGGAGAGACUCUACUUCGUCUUAUCGUACGCUAAAAACGGCGAGCUCCUGCCUUACAUCAACAAGGUCGGCUCGUUCGACAUCGAGUGUACAAAGUUCUACUCGGCGGAGAUUCUACGCGGCCUCGAGUACCUUCACGGUCUCGGCAUCAUUCACCGUGACCUCAAGCCGGAGAACAUUUUGCUGGACGAGAAGAUGCACGUGCUCAUCACCGACUUCGGCAGCGCGAAGAUCCUCAAGGACCCGGAGACGGCGGUGACGCACACACCAACCGAUGACCCACAGCAGCAGCAACAACAACAGCAGCAACAACAACAGCAGCACCAGAAACAGUACAGGAGAGAACGCAGGGGUUCGUUCGUUGGUACUGCCCAAUACGUGUCGCCGGAGUUGUUAACGGAUAAAACGAGCAGGGCAUCCGAUCUCUGGGCCCUCGGCUGUAUAGUCUACCAGAUGGUCGCCGGCCUGCCACCGUUUCGCUCCGGCAGCGAGUACAUGAUAUUCCAAAUGAUCCUGAAGCUCGAGUACGAGAUUCCCGAUGGUUUCUGCGAGCUGGCUAGGUCACUGGUCAGUCAGCUUUUGGUACUCGAGCCAUCGCAGAGAUUGGGCGCCUUGGACGAACAUGGCGCCGGUUAUCCUAGCAUCAGGGCGCAUCCGUUCUUCAAGGGUGUCGACUUCGAGACCCUUCACGAGCAGACACCACCGCCUAUCUAUCCCUAUCUGCCCCGUACGUCAGAGCACGAGGAGCUCAGGUCGCAGUACAGGGUUCCCGAUCACCUGGAACCAGGCCUCGACGACAAACAACUGACGAGGCUUCUCGGUCUGGGUAUCGGUGAAGACGAGGAGAACGAGGAAGAGGACGUGACAACCACCGAGCGUGAAAAACCAGCGCAACCCAGCACAGUCGUGGAGAAGCCAAGGAGAACGAGGAUAAAUGCUAUCGAGGGUAACAUCACCGAUCUGACACAGGAUGACAUCAGGAACCGGCUAGAGAAGCAGCGUGCCUCGAACGAAUGGGACGUCUUCGUCGAGGGUAACCUGAUAUUGAAGCAGGGAUUCGUCAACAAGAGGAAAGGCCUCUUCGCCAGACGGAGAAUGCUCCUGCUCACCACCGGACCACACUUGUAUUACAUCGAUCCUGUGAACAUGGUGCUCAAGGGCGAGAUACCCUGGAGCCCGGAACUUAGGGUCGAGCCGAAGAGCUUCAAAAUCUUCUUCGUCCACACGCCAAACAGGUCAUACUAUCUCGAAGAUCCCGAAGGAUUCGCAUUGGAGUGGUGUAGAGCGAUCGAGAACAUGCGACUCCAUUACUACGGCCUGCAGGAGACCCCAGCUUAAACAGAAGACUGAUGAACGUUAGAUCCGUUUUAGAUGGAACAGAUGAAGAGAGAGAGAGAGUGCAGAGGUUUCAUCGAUAUUACGGUAAAGGAAAAUAAAAUGUCCGCGAGGUGCGACGAUCACCGAGAUCUUAGAGGAUCGUGUUUAGCCCAUUCGUGUGGCCAGAGGAGGCGAUUCAAAUACGUUAGAUCGUUUGUUAGCGUGUAAUUCGUCGUUUAGGGGAGAUACAUUUUCUAGGAAAUAAGUUAUAGCGACCUUCUAGCGCGUUCGGAGCGUGUUAUGUACAGCUUUAGGACAAAUUUUCUAGGUAAAAAUUCAAAGUGUUUAUAUUAUAUAUAUUAUAUGAUAACUGGACCUCCGAAGGGUAAUACACACAGGGGGUAUAGGAGGACAAAGAAAAACGAAAAACAUAGAAAUGAAAGGUUUACGCGUAUCGAUAUUAUCGUGCAGUUGCCCGUUUUUUAAAAACCCAGUUGCGUUUCCCUGUAAUAUUUAUUAAUCGUACUCGGGAGAGGUACUAUCUUGAAGAGGCUGCCCGACGGCAUUUUCAAGAGACACGCGAGAACCAACGUAAAGAAAAAUAGCGAAAUUUUUUAGCCAAUGUUUCUCGGCUGUGUUAAUUCACAGCGUUUGCGCCGCACGCUGCUUUGUGACACAACGCCCGUGAUCGAGGUCGCGCC